CUUAGCUUUUCUCCACUGUUCAAUACCUGUCAGAUAUGAAGUCAGCACUAGCUGUUUGCUUCCUCGUGCUAUGUUUCAGUGCCAUUUCGAUGGCCUUAACCCGUGAAUAUUACUUUGCAAUUCGUGAAAUUGAGUGGAAUUACGCUCCAAGUGGGAAGAACAUCAUUGCUGGCACGAAGAUCGACAAGGACGAGCAUGCUUCAGUAUUCUUGAAACGUGACGCCACCAGGAUAGGGAGUGUAUACAAGAAGGCUGUGUAUAUGGAGUAUACUGCUGGUAAUUACACCAAGGAGGUUAAGAAGCCUGAAUGGCUUGGAUUUCUGGGACCAAUUAUAAAGGCAGAACAAGGCGACAUCAUCAUCGUUCACCUGAAGAAUUUUGCUCUCCGGCCUUAUUCACUUCAUCCUCAUGGCAUCACUUACACUAAAAGCAAUGAAGGAUCAUUUUACCCUGACAACUCCACAGAUUUGGAGAAACGGGAUGAUAUUGUAAAUCCAGGAAAUAAUUACACCUAUACCUGGACCUUAACAGAAGAUCAUAGCCCAGCAGAAGAUGACUUUGAUUGUUUGACAAGGAUCUAUCAUUCACACAUUGAUGCUCCCAUGGAUAUUUCAGCUGGGCUUAUUGGACCAUUGAUCAUUUGUAAAAAAGGUGUUUUAACUGGCAAGAAGAAACAAGACAAGCAAAUAGCCAAUGAAGAGUUUGCCCUCCUGUUCUCAGUAGUGGAUGAAAACUUGAGCUGGUAUCUUGAUGACAAUAUCAAGAGAUAUUGCACUAACCCAAAGAAAGUGGAUAAAGAUGAUGAAGACUUUAUUGAAAGCAACAAAAUGCACUCUAUUAAUGGAUACGUCUAUGGGAACCUUCCUGGCCUAUCAAUGUUUGCUGGAGACAAAGUGGUCUGGUAUCUUUUUGGAAUGGGAAACGAGGUGGAUAUUCACUCAGCGUACUUCCAUGGGCAAAUGCUGGAUAAUGCUCAUCACCACACUGAUACCAUCAGUCUAUUCCCUGCCACUUUUGUUACCGCUGUAAUGGUACCCAAUAACCCUGGGAAAUGGCUUCUCAGCUGUCAAGUAAACGACCACAUAGAAGCUGGAAUGCAGGCUUUGUUUGAAGUUCUAGACUACAAGAAGAAAGCCAAAAAGGACACAAGUAAAGAAAAGGAAAGAAGAUAUUACAUUGCUGCAGAGGAAAUAAUAUGGGACUAUGGACCAUCAGGCGUGGACCAAUUCACAGCAAGACCUCUGGAUAGUGCACAAGGAGAUGCUGUGGUAUUCUUUGAAAAAGGAGAAAACAGAAUUGGAGGAAAGUACAUUAAGGCUGUUUACAGGGAAUACACAGAUGACACUUUUAAAAAGCUCAAGCCCAGAACACCAGAUGAGCAACAUCUUGGAAUACUCGGACCUGUCAUUAAGGCAGAGGUUGGAGAUAACAUCAAGGUGACUUUUUGGAACAACGCCAGCCAAACCUACAGCAUACAACCACAUGGAGUGUUCUACCAGAAAGAUGUUGAGGGAGCGAAGUAUCAAAUCAAUACAACAGAGUAUGUGGGACAGCCUGCCCGUUCGCCCCAUGUUUCGCCUGGCCAGACAUUUAUUUAUCAGUGGAAGAUCCCCAAAGAUUUUGGGCCUGGCAAGGAUGAAGCUGACUGCCUGACCAGACUCUAUUACUCGGCAGUGGACCCCAUAAAGGACAGCAGCUCAGGUCUGGUUGGGCCCCUCAUUGUCUGCAAAAAGAACGCAUUGGAUUCACAGGGCAAACAGAUAAACAUGGACAAGGAAUUCUACCUGAUGGCGACAGUGUUUGAUGAGAAUCUAAGCUGGUAUUUACAGAAUAACAUUAACAGAUUUACAACCAAGCCUAAAACUGUCAACAAAGAAGAUGAAGACUUCCAGGAAUCAAACAAAAUGCACUCAAUCAACGGAUAUAUGUAUGGCAAUCAACCAGGCCUGACAAUGUGCAACUCGAAUAAAGUGUCCUGGCAUUUGAUUGGCCUGGGCUCAGAAGUCGAUAUCCAUGGCAUUUACUUCCAGGGCAACACCUUCACCAGCCAAGGAACACGCAGAGACACGAUGAAUCUGUUCCCACACAUCUCUGCCACGGUCAUCAUGCAACCUGACAACCAAGGCACAUUUGAGAUUUCCUGCAAGACCACAGACCACUAUGCUGGAGGAAUGAAACAGUUUUACACAGUGAAUAAAUGUACAUGGUUCAGCUUUCCUAAAGUCUACCAUGAAAAGAAGUACUACAUCGCAGCAGUUGAAAUUGAAUGGGAUUAUUCACCUUCAAGGAAGUGGGAACUGGAAAGACACAUGUUUCAUGACGAAAGUCCUGGCAAGCCUUACGUAGUUCGAGGAAAUGUGACCAUUGGGUCUAGGUAUAAAAAAGUAGUUUAUCGGGAGUAUACUGAUAAGACAUUUACUAAACAAAAGGAGAGAACUGCAGAGGAGGAACACCUGGGGAUUCAAGGCCCACUAAUACGUGGGAAAGUCCACGAUAAGAUCAAAAUUGUUUUCAAGAACCUUGCUUCAAGACCCUACUCAAUUCAUUCACAUGGAGUAAAGACAGAAGGCUCUGCGGUUAAAUAUACUCUUCCAGGUGAGACGGAAACGUAUACGUGGAAGAUUCCUGAUCGAUCAGGUCCCGAGGAAAAGGAAUCUCAAUGCAUUACCUGGGCGUAUUACUCAACUGUGGAUCCAAUUAAGGAUCUCUACAGUGGCCUGAUAGGGACCCUGGUGAUCUGCCGCAAGAGUUUCUUAGAAUCAAUUGGUUUGAAGAAAGCAGUGUCCAGGGAAUUUGCUCUCCUCUUCUUAGUUUUUGAUGAGAAUGAGUCAUGGUAUUUGGAUGAAAAUGUUAAAAAAUAUUGUGUCACGCCGAAACAAGUUAACAAGGAAAAUGAGGAUUUUAUUGAGAGCAACAAAAAACAUGCUAUUAAUGGGAGACUCUAUGGAAACUUGAACGGGCUGGAUAUGUAUGUUGGUGAAACUGUGCUUUGGUAUCUCACUGGGAUGGGCAAUGAAGUGGACAUGCACACUGUUCAUUUCCAUGGCCACAGCUUUGAGUAUAAGGCGAAUGGAGUACACCAUGGAGAUGUUUACGAUCUCUUCCCAGGAACCUUCCAAACUGUAGAGAUGUACCCGGAACGCACUGGAACUUGGCUUCUCCACUGCCAUGUAACAGAUCACAUACACGCUGGCAUGGAAACGACAUACACUGUCCACAAGAAACCAGAGGAAGAGAGUGGCUUUUCCAAGCUCAAGAAGGCCUUUGGUUGAGGUUCUGCUAAUUGUGACCAGCUGAAGACUGUACAGAUAACUAAUUCCUGCUCGUGAUACCUUCGACUCUGGCAGCACCUCGCGCGAAGGCUUGUUUAAUUGGAAGUGCUACGGAAAUUUCACAUGGACUGGCAUGACCCCUGUGCCACUACGUGCCUAAUGACAUGUUAAGCUCACUCAUUUCUGUUUAUUACUGUAUUUACAAAAUAAAUAUAAAACACUUACUCCCGGACAGUUGGGUAAAGUGUGU